AUGGGUCAUUCCAGAAAUUUGCACGCCAUCAUUGAAAAUAUUUUUUCCUUUCAAAACGACGACUUUUGGAUCGAAGCCUCGUCCAUGCAAGCAACUUUUGGAGAUGGAUCUUCCAUGGAACUCGACACGAUAUCCGUCAAUGCCACGACGCCCAUAGGCAUGGAAAUUCUGCUGACAUCCUCUGAAAUUGAGCAUCCCGAAAAGCGCAGUAUUAGGCUGGUUUUGAUACGGCCCGACCAAGAUUGGAGGCAAACUGCAGCAUAUGCGUGGAAAUUGGACAAUGCCUGGAUGGCAGACCAGCUCUCACCCUCGUCUCCUUCUUAUUCAUAUUUGCAUUGGAAUGUCGAAUCGUAUGUCGAUUCGAGCAUCCAAGUUCCUCAGUACAACAAGGUGUGGCACUGCGAUGAAUUGGAAUUUCACUUUAGACCAAUCGGUAAGGGUUCUUCCUCUGGAAUUUAUUCGCAUGCUCAGAUACAACCCACAUUGACGCUUACCGAGGUCAAAAUUGGAGCCUUGAUGUCCAAAAGUCCCGACGAUUCUAAAAUAUAUAUUCCAGCAGAGUGCGAAGGACGCGAGGUGUGCAAUUUCGUGGAUGGCAAGGUUGAGUCGUCUAGCAGUUUUCACGAUCUGAUGGAAAACAAGGACAGCCAAAUGAUGCUUGGGGGAACCAUUAGUUUGAUUCUUGUUGGUCUAUUGAUUGUUUUCACAGGCCAGUAUCGCCGAAAGACUGGACAAUCGGAAGAUUAUGAACCGAUUCAAGGGGUAGAAAUGAAAGAUUCUGACGGAAUUGUAGACGAAUACAGUGACGAAGAGGAUGGCAGCCACUAA